GCAAAGCACAGCAGCGCUGGGCUGAUCAGAGAGAGGAGCUGCGUCUGCGUCAAGCCAAGGCGCAGCUCCUGUCUGUUCAUCCCAGCGCGGCUCUACUUGCCCGGAGCCCAUCCCUGUAGUUCAGUGGGCGUGGUGUGAAUUGGAAAACAAAGUGCAGAGACACCCUUCACUACUUCCUACAUCACCGGGAGCCGUUGAGUUCACCCGCCGCUCGCCGGGAUCGAUGCUAGUUAACCGCCCAGCACAGCCGCAUAAUAACUCCGGAUAAGAGAGGGACGAGGGAUCGGUGGAUGCGCGGGUUCCGGGUUCCGUGAACCGGCUAGAGGUGGGAUUCAGUUAUGUGCGUUAUGGUGACAGAGCGUGACACCAAGGACGAAUAGCAGUCAGGCAGCAUCUCGUCCUCUCUCUUUCCCAGCCGGGCUUGCGCUAUAGACCAACGAGAUAAAUGGGCAGCAGACUGCACCAAACUGUCCGGCACCGAUAGCACCAUUCCACAUUGACUAAAAUAACUGGACGGGACCCGUUAUGUACUAAAGAAAGUAUAUUACACCAGUAGCGGUUUAGACCGGAACAGGAUUUUUGAAGAAGCGGUUGUUUGUUCAGCAUGAGCGGUGGAGGAGAAAUCAUCUUCCAAGGCUGGCUGAGAAAGUCCCCACCAGAGAAGAAACUGAGGCGAUAUGCGUGGAAAAAGCGUUGGUUCAUCCUGCGUAGUGGUCGUAUGUCUGGCGACCCUGACGUCCUGGAGUACUAUAAGAACGACCGCUCUAAGAAGCCCAUCCGGAUCAUCGACCUGCAUUGCUGUGAGCAGGUGGACGCUGGGCUGACCUUCAAGAGGAAGGAGUUUCAGGAUAGCUUCGUGUUCGACAUCAAGACGUCAGAGCGUACCUUUUACCUGGUGGCAGAGACCGAGGAGGAGAUGAACAAGUGGGUUCGAUCCAUCUGUCAGCUGUGUGGCUUCAACCAGUCAGAGCAGAACAACCACGACGGGCGGUCCUCUACAGCUCAUAUGGGCCGUUCCCUGGCAGCUGACCUGUCCAGUUCCCUGACCCCACUGACCAGAGAGCGAAAGUCGUCCGCUCCAGUCCACUCUUCCCAGCCUGUCCUGUUCACCUUCGACGUCCCGGUCCGUCACGGGGGCUCCCUGUCCAACAGCGCACCGCAGGACUAUCUUCUACUGCAUCAGUGCAUGAGCAGGAAGACUGAGAGCGCACGGAGUGCCAGUUUCUCCCAGGUACAGCACAGUAGCAAUCUGUUUGUGGGCAGUGACUCGGCGGUGCAGAAGUUCUCCCAUGGUUUCUCUCACUGUCUGAACGGGAUGGGCGCCCAGCUGCAUGGCUUCUACAGCCUGCCCAAACCUGGCAAGCACCAACUGGCCUCUGCGGUCGGGCCCAGGUCCUCCACACGGCCAGACUCCCCCCAGGAGGGCUACGUGCUACCCAGGGGGUACAGCUCUGAGGGGCCCUCAGAUCAUAGUCGCCUGGGAGACAUGGAUCAGCAGGAGAAUGAGGAGCUGUACACCUUCAAGACGCCUUGCAACACCCUGGCCACCGGCAACGACCGUAACCACAGUAACGACCGACACAGCAAUGACCAUAACCACAGCAACGAGCGUAGCAACGACCGGCAGACUGACAACUACGACCUCCCGACCCCGCCCGGAUCGUUCUACCAGAUCCCCCGGACGUUCGACAAGAACCACAACGUGACGCCGUCUGGCUCCGAGUCAUCUAGUGGACCCCCUCCACGGCCCCCCAAGCCCAGCCAGGGGUCAGAGAGCGGGAGCUGUCUGGGGUCACUACAGAAUGGAGAGGUGACCACGACUGUGUCGGUUAUACCCAGGAGGAACACUCUGCCUGCCGUGGAGAACAGCAGGUUACAUCGAGGGUGUUCAUUUGAGACCAGCAGCCAUCACCGUCCGAUCUAUUUCAACAACCAAGGCCAAUCUGUGGAGUGUGUCAACGAUGGCUUCAGUUCUUACCUGAGAACAAAGGCCCCUCUGACACGUUCGGACAGUGGCGACUCGGAGGACAACUAUGUGCCUAUGAACCCAGGCUCAUCUCCCCUCAACGCCGCCCAGGCGGACAGCCCCAAAAAUAUCUACAUCCCCAUGAGCCCCGGGCCGCACCACUUUGACUUCCCAGGGUUCUCAGCCACACUACCUGCCCGGAAGGGAAGUACCGCCUCGCUGUGUCACCGACCGGGGAGGCUGAGUGACGUCACACCACCACCUAUAAAUCGCAACCUCAAACCCAACAGGAAAUCCAAGCCGACACCUCUGGAUCUGAGGAACAAUGGCAUCAUUGAUGAGCUCCCAUUUAAGAGUCCAAUCACCAUGUCCUGGACACGACCCAUGCCUAUGAACUCAGGUGGCAUGUCCUCCCAGCACUGCAGACCCAUCUCCACCCAGAGUAUCACCAGCACUGACUCCGCAGACAGCGAGGAGAACUACGUAGCCAUGCAGAAUCCAGCGUCGACCUCCCCAGCAGUGAGUGGUACCAGCAGCCCCGCCCCUAGGAAGUGUGGCAACGUGGACUACUUGGCUCUGGACUUCCAGCCGGGCUCCCCCAGUCCACACAGAAAGCCCUCUACGUCCUCGGUGACAUCUGAUGAGAAGGUGGAUUACGUCCAGGUGGACAAGGAGAAGACGCAGGCCCUUCAGAACACCAUGCAGGAGUGGACAGACGUCCGACAGUCCACCGACCCAGCCCCUAAGACUGUAAAGUCCUGACAGUAACCAUGGGGAAGACACAGCGCUCUGACCUUACCUCAUGUCAAGACAAGCAUCUCCUAUAGGAUGUUACACUGUUACUGACAGAAGUCAGUUUGAGGAGUGAAGGAACAUUCAUGGUUGGCGGAGACACAGAUUACCUCUGUUGGACAGGCUAAAAUGACUUGAGGACUGAAAUGAGGACUAAAAUGAGUUGAGGACUGAAAUGAGUUGAGGACUGAAAUGAGGACUAAAAUGAGUUGAGGACUGAAAUGAGGACUAAAAUGAGUUGAGGACUGAAAUGAGUUGAGGACUGAAAUGAGGAUUUAAAUGAGUUGAGGACUGAAAUGAGGACUAAAAUGAGUUGAGGACUGAAAUGAGGACUAAAAUGAGUUGAGGACUGAAAUGAGGACUAAAAUGAGUUGAGGACUGAAAUGAGUUGAGGACUGAAAUGAGGACUAAAAUGAGUUGAGGACUGAAAUGAGGAUUUGGCUCAAAAAGAGGAGACAAAAAGUCAACGGCUAGCUGUGUUCUGUGGUGAUCAGCAGCGCUGUGCAGCCAACGCUUGAUGCAGUCGGACAGAGACCCAACCUGAACCUGCCAAAGCUUUUCUUCCUAAAGAGACUGUUAAUGACUGUUGAACUUGCCUUCCCGAAUACUAACCUGUACAGUAACCUUUCUUCUCGAUUUUUUUCUCUGGCUCUGUCAAGCUUUGGGGAACAACUCUUCUAGUUCUUCUCUACAGCCAUUUCAACUGUAACACAACGUUGAGUGUGUUUUCUUCCUGUUUAGCGGGUCAGCUAAUGUACAUAGCUACUGUAAAACUAUUUUCUGCCAGUCAAACUGCUAUCGUUAUCUAACCACCCAACCAGGCAGUGGAAUUGUAUCAGGAAUGCAUAUUCUAUUACAGAUGCAGCCUCAUUUUGCUUGAUAGGACAUGGGGCGGGGGCGGCGGGGGGGGCUCGUCAGGCCCGCUCUCCCUCCCAUUCUUUUCUGACUUCAAUCAACCAUUUUAGCUGAGCCUUGCAGAAGUGAAACAAGCGUAGAGGUUAUUUUCACUGCACUGCAGGCAGUAUUUUCAGCUUAGCCGUGCACGUCUGGUGUAGGAGACCAAAUAACAGCCUUACAAUAAAAUAUUCUCUCCAGGAGCCUUAAUGAGAAUUUCAAAAUGGCUGUCGGUUGAUCGAGCUCGUUUAAAUAACGUAUUCAUCCAUAAAUACUGGUUCUUCCGUUAACGGGGGGACUCUGGUUGCAGCGACCGCUCUAAAACAAUAGACGAAAGCUCAGACAUGUCAGAAAGAAAUAAUGAAGACCGUGUAAAAGAAGAGACAGCAUCUCAUUUCAUUUAGUUUAUAUUUGCAUAUAAUGGUGAAAAGGGGGGUGUGUCCCAAAUGACCCCUUAUUCCACUAUGGGCCCUGGUCUAAAGUAGUGCACUAUGGGCCCUGGUCUAAAGUAGUGCACUAUGGGCCCUGGUCUGAAGGAAUGCACUAUGGGCCCUGGU